AUGCUCAUUCCUCCGUCACGUCUCUCAAACACCGUCUUCGUCAACGCCGCUCCAACACCCUUUCCCAUCUCCACGCCGCACGCGCCGCCCGCAUCUUGCGCGAAACGCCCGCUUGCGCACACGUGCGCCGCAGCAGCCCGCGCCUGCGCAAAUGAUCCACUGGCUGCUCCUGAUCAGCCGGCAAGGCAAGGUCCGCCUAUCAAAAUGGUUUGA